GGCCCGCGUGUUUACAUCCGCCGGGGCCUCGGCCGCGGAGUCUCCCCUCGGGCCCCGGCCGCCGCGCCAUGGACACCAGCGACCUCUUCGCCAGCUGCAGGAAAGGGGACGUGGGCCGCGUGCGGUACCUGCUGGAGCAGCGAGAUGUGGAAGUGAAUGUGCGGGACAAGUGGGACAGCACCCCCUUGUAUUACGCCUGCCUGUGUGGGCACGAGGAACUGGUGCUCUACCUUCUGGCUAAUGGAGCCCGCUGUGAGGCCAAUACCUUUGACGGUGAGCGCUGCCUCUACGGGGCGCUGAGCGAUGGCAUCCGCCGGGCCCUGCGGGACUACAAGCAGGUGACGGCCUCUUGCCGGAGGCGGGAUUACUAUGACGACUUCCUGCAGCGCCUUCUGGAGCAGGGCAUCCACAGCGACGUGGUCUUCGUGGUGCAUGGGAAGCCCUUCCGGGCACACCGCUGUGUCCUGGGUGCGCGCAGCACAUACUUCGCCAACAUGCUGGACACCAAAUGGAAGGGCAAGAGCGUUGUGGUCCUCAGGCACCCAUUGAUCAAUCCUGUGGCCUUUGGGGCCCUGCUACAGUACCUGUACACAGGCCGCCUGGACGUGGGUGUGGAACACGUCAGCGACUGCGAGCGCCUGGCCAAGCAGUGCCAGCUGUGGGACCUGCUCAGUGACCUGGAGGCCAAGUGCGAGAAGGUGUCUGAGUUCGUGGCAUCCAAGCCAGGCACGUGCGUGAAGGUGCUGACCAUCGAGCCGCCACCCCUGGACCCCCGGCUCCGGGAGGACCUGGCCCUGCUGGCCGACUGUGCCCUGCCCCCCGAGCUCCGCGGUGAUCUCGGGGAGCUGCCCUUCCCUUGCCCCGAUGGCUUCAACAGCUGCCCUGAUGUCUGCUUCCGGGUGGACGACUGCAGCUUCCUCUGCCACAAGGCCUUCUUCUGCGGCCGCAGCGACUACUUCCGGGCCCUGCUAGAUGACCACUUCUGCGAGAACGAGGAGCUAGAGGCGUCGGGCGGCCUCCCGGCCAUCACCCUGCACGGCAUCUCGCCCGACGUCUUCACCCACGUGCUCUACUACAUCUACAGCGACCACACGGAGCUGCCGCCUGAAGCAGCCUAUGAUGUGCUGAGCGUGGCCGACAUGUACCUGUUGCCGGGCCUGAAGCGGCUGUGCGGCCGCAGCCUGGCCCAGCUGCUGGACGAGGACAGCGUGGUGGGCGUGUGGCGCGUGGCCAAGCUGUUCCGCCUGGCGCGGCUCGAGGACCAGUGCACGGAGUACAUGGCCAAGGUCAUCGAGAAGCUGGUGGAGCGGGAGGACUUUGCCGAGGCCGUGAGGGAGGAGGCGGCGGCCGUGGCGGCCCGGCAGGAGACGGACUCCAUCCCCCUGGUGGACGACAUCCGCUUCCAUGUGGCCAGCACGGUACAGACGUACAGCGCCAUCGAGGAGGCACAGCAGCGGCUGCGGGCUCUCGAGGACCUGCUGGUGUCCAUCGGCCUGGACUGCUGACCUGAAUCACCCAGGCUCCCGGGACUGCACCCGUGGCUGCUUGUGCACAGCCGCUCUUCCUGCUCCUUGCACCCAUGGGUGCAUGGCGGACUGCGGGGUCUCAGUGGAGUACCCCGGCCCCUGUGCCUGGGCAGUUCUGGGGGUGUGUCACCUUGGGAUGAGCCCCCUCCCCCAAGGCAUAGGCCAGCCCCCAGGUCCUGGGGCUGGUCCACUCAGGGAAACCUGGGGUGGGGGUAUCUUAGGGCCCCCUUCAGCACCCCUCUAUCCUGGCCCUCCUGGCCCUGGUUGGCUGCUUCCCCAAACCCACUGUCUCCUCCUGUGUGCAGGGCCAGCUGGGAGGCAGCAGGAGUGUCUGCGCGGCAAUAAAGCUUGAGUUCACUGUGGGAGCCUGGGCCUGUGUCCUGGCAGCCCGGGGAGGGGGUGGAAGUUGGCCUGUGCCCCAGCGUUUAGGGCAGGAAUUGGGGAGGGGCCCAGGGGAGCACUCUGGAGUUGAGGCCCCUCAUUCAGAGUAAGAAGGGGGGCUUGAGUGCACGGCAGGAGCUAGUGGGACUCCCCUCGGUUCCUCUUGGUGGCCCUGGGAGCUGUGGCGGAGUAUGGCUGACUACAGGGCCAGCAGCUGCUCCCCCGCAGACAGCCAGGACUGGCUCUGGACAUACUCGCUAGGCACAGCUGUCCAUCAAAGGCUAGCCCCGCAGCCGUGUGGUGUGACUGACCUCCUGCGCCCCACAGCACAGAGGGCAGCGGUGCCAGGGACAGAGGCCCAGCCAGCCCGGCCGCAGCAGUGGGUGCGGAGUGGGAGGGCGGGGAGGAGGCUGCUGACCCUGCCCCACCCGGGCCCAGCUUGCCGCCCAUCUCACCCCACUGCACUGGCCACAGGCCAAGUCGAUCUUGUUAUGGCUGAGGGACUGAGGACUGAAGCCACCAUCUCCCUCAGCCCAGGGUCAGGUGCCUCCCUGGCCUCGCCACAGGGGCUGUGGCAUGGUUGGGGGCAGUCUGGGGUGCUUUCUCAAGAUGCCCUUCGGAUCCCCCACUGCUUGGGCCCUGAGGCCAGCAGCCAGCUGUGCCAUCUACUGCCUGGUCACCGCUCUAAGCCUCAGUUUGCCCAUCUGUAAAUUGGGGAUGUCUAUGGUUGCCACUCCUCGCUUGGGCGUCCAGUGAGUCACCACAGCACCAGCUGGACUGCAGGGAGCCUGGGUGUCUGUGAAAUGCUGGGCUCCACCCGAAGGAGCCAACAUAUGACACGUUUAGACGUUAAAACAUUCUAAAUCACUGGUGUGUCUUUUAGUAGGCAUUGGGGGGGAACUACAUCAAAACCCACCUUUUUUUUUUUUUUUUUUUUUUUUUUUUUUUUUUUUACGGAUACUUGAAAUUUUGCCACAGAUUUCAAGUAAAAACACAAGUGUAGGUUUAAGGAAAAAUAUCCCUUAAACUGAUAGCUCUUUAGUUCCCUGAUAGAAAGCACAUGGCAGGCUCACAGUCCAGGAUUGACACCCCCAGAACUGCCCACCCCCAGCAGCAAGGCAGGCACACCCGGCCACACCAUGCCCUCCUGCAGUUUCGGCUGCUUUUUAGACCAAGGACGGGCUUUCUGUCCCAGGUGUUUACGGCAGUGUCAUAAAUAUUAACAGGAAGCAACUGCGCUGUCAGUGGUAAGCAGGAAGGAAGUUACAGUAGAUAGAUGUGGGGGUGCUUCCUGGGGCCUGAAGAUGGUCACUCAGCUUCUGUGCAUGAGGGGCCAUUCAGGCUGCCUCCUGGCACCCCAACCCUCCAGGCCCACAAACGGGGGAGCCCCCAGAAGGAACAGAUUUGGCUAAGAGUUGGAUUUCAUCAGACUUCUCUUGAGAAGUCAGAAAGUGGUUAUCCCACUUUUAAUUUAACAAACCAAACUUCUGUCCCUCACUUAACGGCUUUCACUCAUCCAGCCUCUCUGUAAAACUGUUGAAUGAAAGACUAUUUUCAUAUCAUGGACUGGGAAAUACAUGCAUUCUAUCCCAACUCAAGAGAGCCCCCCACUUUUCACGGAUGGAAAAAUACAUCAACUGGACAAUUGAAAGGGAAUAAACAACUUGCAUAUCAAAAAUGUAAUUUGGGGAUAGCUUGUUGCACCCCACAAAAGAGGAAAAUGAGUCGGGGGGCGGGAUGGGGACAAGGAAGCAAGUGAGCAACAGCGCAAAGCUGAGUCAUGCUGGGACUGGAAGCAAAAGGAAGCCGGCAGUCUUGCGUCUGUCUUAGUAUGUUGCAAUUUGGUUCAUUGUAAAUGUUUUGCAUUAAAUUCAAUUUAAAAAAUAGUUCCAGCCCACAGCAAGGUUUUUGAUUCAUUAAAAUAGGACUUAAUUACUGAGUCUUGGGGUGCACACUGACAUUUUGUAUCAAGGUCAGUGCCUCCCUUGCCUCACCCUAGUCCUGGCCCUGAUCCAGUUGCAUGAUGAGCUAAGUCUAAGUCUACAGAAAAGAGUUAACUUCUCCCCACUUAUCCUGUAUCCUCCCCACCUGGGGGAAAAAAAAAGCCUUUGGUCUUUUCUUUCCUCUACCUGGAAAACGCCUACACAGCUGCCAGUGCCCUCCCACCACCGCAGACAGAGGAAGCCCAGGGAAGGGGGGCUGCCUUUGGCCUCCAAGUCAGGAGUGCCCUCGCCAGGGCCCAGGGCAGCCCCAGUUCAAGGAGCAGGCAGUCUGAAGGCAUAAACUGUCACAUUCGGAAAAGUGUACCACUGACCUCGGAGGAUUUACGAUGGGAAGGCCCUGGGACCUCCAACCUCAGGGAGUUUCUUCUUCUGAGCCAGGAAGCUGCCCUCAGGCAAUACUGCUCCCUGCGGGUCUGAGAUGGGGCCUCGACCUGGGCAGAGCUCAGCAAACGAGGAAUCCCUGAGCCCCUGCUUGCUUACCGAGCUACAUGGAGGCAAUACCACCAAUCACCCACAGCUGGUGUGAAAAUGAAUUGGGGUGUCACUCCUGCUCCUGUCGGAGUGGGGGUUCCAAUAUGGAUUUCCAUUCUUUUCUGAAAGAUAAAACAAGUAAUUUGGGCAUAUUUUUAAAACUUGUC